AUGUCUUCAUCAGAAGCCCCCGCUGUUUCUGCAACUCCCAUGGCUUCAUCAGAAACCCCCACUGUUUUUGCAACGCCAAUGGCUUCAUCAGAAAUUCCUGAAGUUGAUUCUCACAAUCAAAACUAUCCUGAAAAUCCUAUUUCUGGAUCUGCAACCCACAAUUUUGCCAAUUCAGUGGAAACACAUACACCUGUUCUUGAUUCUGAAAAACAACACCAUGCUGAAAAACCACUUGCUGGAAAUCAAACACCUCCUAAUGUUGAUCAGACAUUUCCAACAGGAUCUGCACAAAGGGAUCCCAAGAUUCAGGCUACUAUACCUGCGAGGAUAAUGAAAGAUUUCCAGAAGUAUUUCCUUCAAGAGGGCUGUGCCAGGAAGAUAUCACGUUUUGAUCAUUGCCUGAAUAUAAGUGGGGGAUAUCGGUGCUCAAAACACGAAUACAAAAUUGUAUUCCGACCUGAUACAAUUGUUCAAUCUGUUGGUUACCAUGACAUCCCUAAUCAUGUAUUUGAAUUUACCCCUUUUGCAGAAAUUACCAAUUUUGUUGCAAAUUUUGACUUCUGUUUUGAUUUGUUGGGACACAUAAUUGGUUACAGUGAUCCAAUUAUUGAUAAUGGUAAGAAGAGGAUUUCGGUCGAAUUGGAAGAUGAAAGGGCCGAUAGGUUAAAGGUCACAUUAUGGGAUGAGCACGCAGACAAGGUGUAUACCAUGAUGACUAAUAAUCCUGAUUACCCUGUUGUCCUUAUUGUUCAAUAUGUCAAAUGCAAAAAAUACUACUAUAUCCAUGCUAUCUUCCAUUUCGGAUACACAAAUUUCGAUGAAUUUGUGCGUGAUGCUGAGAUGUUGACACUGGCUGGAAUUGAUGAUUUGGAACAGCCAUCAGGUGUUGUUGUUUUUGCAAAGAUAUCUGGAUUGGCAAAAGAGUAUGACUGGUCAUACAUAGGCUGUAGCAACUGUAACAGUAAGGUUGUUGAGAUUGAAUCAUCUGCAAAGGAAAACCUCACUGGUGGUAAACAACGGUCGGCCUUUGGCAAAGGUAGAAAAGUAGAUAAUGAAAAGCCAGUUGGACUAGCAAAGAGAUGGAUGUGCAAAAACCAUGGACCUGUUUCUGCCGUCGCUGCAAAAUUCAAGUUGCAAGUGUAUUUAGUUGAUGGUUCAGGCAGCAGAAUUGGUACUCUAUGGGACAGAAUGGUGUAUAACUUCAUAAACAAGACCGCUUCUGUACUACGUGAAGAGUAUCCCAAAGGUUACCCUGACAUUCUAGAUGAAAUUGUGGGGAAAAAGUGUCUGUUCAGGCUAGAUGUCUCAGACUAUAACAUUAGAAACAACACCAGUGAGAUAUCAGUUGCAAGGGUUACAACAGAUGCAGACGUUAUAAGGAAGUACCUUGAUGCUGUUUCAGAUGAUCAGGAAAUAGAUCCUGAGCUAAGUGCCGAAUUCUGCCAUAAUUUAACCCCAUUAUCUGAGAGCACUGCUAAGACAGCAGUUUCUUGCACUGACGAUAAUGAUAUGGGAGCUCCUGGAGAUGAAACGGGUGACAGUCCUCCACCAAAGAAGCAUGCAUCUGCACAAUCUGGCGAAGAAAGUGUCAAGUCCCAGCCCAACAAGCGUCGGCUCAGAUCUGAUCCAACUGCAAAUAUUGGCAGUCGUUACCUCUUGGAAUUGAAUCCAAACGUUGCCAAUCGAUGUGUUAUUAACACACAGUACUUUAGAGCCAUAAAUUGGCCUUCAGAACAAAAACUUUCAUUGGUAAUUGAUGAUAAUCAGAAGCAGUGGAAGUUUCAGAUAUAUACCCAAGAACAUGCUCUAGUAGGUGAGGUUGACAUAAUUAACUACAUAAGGUCUAACAGUGAUCAGAAUACUUUCAACGUGGUUAUGACCAAUGAUGUAAUUAACAAAGGCCGACUGGAGAUACCAUGGCACAUUGUCAGAAGAUUGGACAUUCAAGACUAUCAAUUGUUGAUCCUAUACUACGAUGGAGAACCUAUAAUGAGUAUGGUUCGUGCCAGUUCUGGAGAUUUUCCAUAUAGAUUCAUUGUUCAAGGAGACCUCCAAUAUAUGAUGACUUUGAAAAGGAUCCCAACUGGUAUAAAACUCGGAUUUCGUAUAAACGCGCAGAAGGCAGCCAACAAGGAUUCAUUGAUAUUGGAAGUGCUAAAGCAGACAUUAGACAAGAAAAGGAAUAGAGUUCUUCGACCUAUAAGAUAUGUUAAAAGUAAAGUUCCUAUAAGAUUACCACGCCCUGAUCUAUUGACUGCUAAGAUCUCAAGGUACCAGAGGAAGAAUAUGUUAUAUCAGAGACGUUUCAGUUUAGUUAUCAAUAACCACUCUCCAGUCAUCUCCAACAGGGAAAGACCAUUUUCUGGAAAGGGUUCUCGAUUGGAGAGGAAGAAACAUCUUGAUAAAAAGAAGGGCAAAGUUAUUCAUGAAGAACAACCUGUUACCCUUGGUGGUAUUGUUAUAAGUCAUUCCAACAAUUUCACAGGAAAUGUUUUCAGGAAUACAUUUUCACCAGAAAUUAAGUCUACAGCAAGUGCUAAUGAAGGUUGCAAUUCCAAUUCACAGUUACAUAAAAAUGUAACUAAAGUUAAAGGUACAGUUUAUAUUCCAAGUUUACCCUUUCUUUUCAAGUGUUUAUUGUACUUAACAGUUACACAGACUGAUUUGACAUAA